AUGCUUUAUUCUUUAAAACAGAGCCGCUGUCAGCUUCGAUAUAACACCUACGCCUACAAUGACACGGCGCACACGGAUAGAGAGCCUGAUGAAAUUCUUUCCGUAACAUACGAAGACGGCAAGUGGUCUAAGCCGUAUUACGAUUGUGGAGGUGGCAAUAUUUGGAUGCUCACCUAUACCGUCCCCUUCUUUGGAUACAACAACGGAUCUUACUUCUUUAAGGGAACCAGUGGCAUUGAUAUUGAUCUCCGGAGAGUGGAUAUUGAUCAGUGCCCCAUGAAGCCUGACUCCACACAGUUGAACAUCUUCGCCGGUACUGAUAAAUGCAAGAAGAAAACCACGGAGGUGAGUAAAUCAACGUAUGUGGUAUUUAUGCUAUUGAACUAUAGAAAUUGA